UCUUAAAAUUGGCUUGGUCGCGAAGAAAAGUGCUUCGGAAAGUUAACAAAACCCUAUAUAAAUAAAUACACUAAUAUAUUAUUAACGGUAUUUAACAACACUCAAAACCCGCAAUUCUCCUAAUCGGAUUCACCAGCUUCAAAUCAUCUCAAAAUGACUUCAGCAAUGAUGGCGGGAUUUGCAGUAGCUGCAGCAGCAUAUGCUGGUAGAUACAGCAUUCUGGCUUGGCAGGCCUUCAAAGCAAGACCACCCUCUGCAACACUACGCAGAUUUUAUGAAGGUGGUUUUCAACCCGUUAUGAACCGAAGAGAGGCGGCUCAAAUACUUGGAGUCAGGGAAAGAACUCCGAUAGAAAAGGUUAGGGAAGCACAUAGAAGGGUGAUGGUUGCAAACCAUCCAGAUGCAGGUGGUAGCCAUUACCUUGCGUCGAAAAUCAAUGAAGCCAAAGAUAUUUUACUUGGAAAAACCAAGGGUGGUGGUUCUGCCUUUUGAUGCGUUUUUCAUGAUCUUACUAAUGCUGAUUCUUCGAGAGUUUGGAAAUAUACGAGUUUGAGGAGGUUGGGCUUCACUUCAUAUCAUUAUUUCCGUGUAAUUGUAUACCAUAAGACCUCUGAAUUAUAAGAGAAUUAUUUUUAGUCAUUCAAAUUAUUUUUGGGGUCCUAUAAUUGUAUUCUGAUUGCUUUUCUUUCAUUUUAUAAACCCUGGCAAGAAAAAUGCCAAUUUACUUCUACAA